GGAAGCCACAUGAUGCCUGGAGUUACUGUAAAAGAUUUUAACUAGCAGGAGUUUGUCAGAGCUCUGGCAGCCUUCCUCAAAAAGUACAGAAAGCUGAAAGUCUCCGAAUGGGUGGACACAGUCAAGCUGGCCAAACAUAAAGAGCUUGUCCCGUAUGAUGAGAACUGGUUCUACACAGGAGCUGCUUCCACAGCACCACACCUAUACCUCCGUGGUGGUGGUGUGGUGCAGGGGAUAGUUCCAUUACCAAGGUCUAUGGAGGACGGCAGAAAAACGGAGUCAGGCCCAGCCACUUCAGCAGAGGCUCUAAGAGUGUGACCAGCGGGAUCCUCCAAUCCCUGGAGGAGCUGAAAAUGGUGGAAAAGGACCAAGAUGGCGGCUGCAAACUAAAAUCUCAGGGACAGAGAUCUCAACAGGAUUUCUGGACAGGGGACAGGUGGCAGCUGCCAGCAUGAAGCAUUAGAACAAAGAAUCCUGGGUUAAUAAAUUGCUUCAUUCUUAAAAAAAAUAAAAAAAAGAAAGAAGGGAAGAUAGAAAAUUUCAACAUGAUUUUAAAAGAAUGAAAUGGGCUCUCUGCUCCUCCCUGUUCCAGAGACAGCCGCAUCUUCUCGUGCGUCAUCUCAUAGACAAGAUGGUGAAGGUCAGUGUGAACGGAUUUGGCCGUAUUGGGCACCUGGUUACCAGGGCUACCUUCUCUUCUGGCAAAGUGGAGAUUGUUGCCGUCAACGACCCCUUCAAUGACCUCAACUACAUGGUCUAGAUGUUCCAGUAUGACUCUACCCAUGGCAAGUUCCACGGCACAGGCAAGGCUGAGAAUGGGAAGCUUGUCAUCAACCGGAAGCCCAUCACCAUCUUCCAGGAGCGGGAUCCCGCUAACAUCAAAUGGGGUGACGCUGGUGCUGAGUAUGUCGUGGAGUCUACUGGCGUCUUCACCACCACGGAGAAGGCUGGGGCUCACCUGAAGGGUGGGGCCAGAAGGGUCAUCAUCUCUGCCCCUUCUGCCGAAGCCUCCAUGUUUGUGAUGGGUGUGAACCACGAGAAAUAUGACAACUCCCUCAAGAUUGUCAGCAAUGCAUCCUGCACCACCAACUGCUUAGCCCCCCUGGCCAAGGUCAUCCAUGACAACUUUGGCAUCGUGGAAGGGCUCAUGACCACAGUCCACGCCAUCACUGCCACUCAGAAGACUGUGGAUGGCCCCUCUGGAAAGCUGUGGCGUGAUGGCCGUGGGGCAGCCCAGAGCAUCAUCUCUGCAUCCACUGGUGCUGCCAAGGCUGUGGGCAAGGUCAUCCCAGAGCUGAACGGGAAACUGACUGGCAUGGCCUUCCGUGUUCCUACGCCCAAUGUAUCCGUUGUGGAUCUGACAUGCUGCCUGGAGAAACCUGCCAAGUAUAAUGACAUCAAGAAGGUGGUGAAGCAGGUGUCUGAGGGCCCACUAAAGGGCAUCCUGGGCUACACUGAGGACCAGGUUGUCUCCUGCAACUUCAACAGCAACUCCUACUCUUCCACCUUUGAUGCUGGGGCUGGCAUUGCUCUCAAUGACAACUUUGUAAAGCUCAUUUCUUGGUAUGACAAUGAAUAUGGUUACAGCAACAGGGUGGUAGACCUCAUGGCUUACAUGGCCUCCAAGGAGUAAGAAACUGUGGACUACCCACCCCAGCCCAGCAAGGACACUGAAAUCAAGAGAGAGGCCCUCAGUUGCUGAGGAGUCCCCAUCCCAACUCAGCCCCCAACACUGAGCGUCUCCCUCACAAUUCCAUUCCAGACCCCAUAAUAACAGGAGGGACCUAGAGAGCCCUCCCUUCUCUCUUGAAUACCAUCAAUAAAGUUCACUGCACCCUCAAAAAAAAAAAAAAA